AUGUCGGGCCCUCGACUCGUAUUCGCCCUAGCUGCGCUGUUCAGUGUCUUGACUCGCGCAAUUGGACAAACCGUAACACAGGAGUACGUGUCUGUUCCCGGCGUGCGCGGCGUCUUGGGCAUCGUAGAAAUCGGCGGCUUCGACGAUGACGACAGUCUCUACCUUACAACGCCACUUGGCUCUGCGUUGAUCACUACCCCUGGACCUAUGAUAUAUGAUCGAAACGGCUCCCUUGUCUGGGUUGGUAGCUCUGAGUUCGGCCAGGCCUUUGAUCUGAACCUGCAAGAUUAUAAUGGUUCAAGCGUGUUAACGGUCUGGAACGGGACAGGCCUAGCCGGACACGGUGCUGGAACAUGCUGGAUCCUUGAUGAAACAUACACCAUCGUAGGACAGGUCAAUUCAGUUGGCGGGCAAGGUACAGACUUACAUGAGUGCGCCAUACCCAGACCUGAUAACACGACUGCAAUGAUCACUGUGUACAACAACAUCGAGAACUUCGACCUUUCGCCGUUCGGCGGGCCCACUAAUGGAACGCUGAUCGACUGCCUCAUACAAGAAAUUGAUAUCGCUACAGGCAACCUACUAUUCAAUUGGAGCAUGUUCGACCAUGUUUCGCCGUUCGAGUCGUUUGCUACUCCAGGCGAUGGUGUAGGAAGUAUAGCGUCCUGGGAUGCGUACCACAUGAACUCAAUUGACAAGUCUGCGGAUGGAAACUACUUGAUCUCAGUCCGGCAUCUUCACCAGUUACUCCUGAUCGACAAGGACGAUAAGUCGAUCAUUUGGAAGCUAGGAGGGAAGAACAGCAACUUCACCAUCGGAGAGGGUGCCCAAUUCGAAUGGCAACAUCACGCUCGGUUCAACCCCGAAGACAACAGCUUCAUCUCUCUCUUCGAUGACGCAGGCACAGGCUGGGAGGUGGAUGAACCCGUGGCACACGGACUUUACAUUUCGUAUGACACCACAAACUGGACGGUCACGACAGAGCAGCAGUUCUUCCCGGAACCCCAUCAACGCUUUAGUACAAGCCAGGGUUCCAUGCAGCGAUUCUCCGACGGAAGUGCCGUUGUUGGCUACGGCUCAAACCCUUGGAUCACCGAGCACGCGAGCGACGGUACCGUGACCUUUUCCUUGUCUUUAGGCAACGGUAGCAUCGAGAACGGGGCCAUCGCGAGCUACCGCGCGUUCAAGGUCAACUUCACGGGCAACCCGGUGGAUCCACCAGCGCUGGCCGUCCAAAACGACACGGCCUUCUUCUCCUGGAACGGCAAAACGACCGUGCGUGCGUAUGAUGUAUUGACCGGGUCAUCGCCUGGCAACCUUAGCAUAUGGACCUCUGUCACUCGGACAGGGUUCGAGACCAACGUGUCUCUCUCGGACAACAGCGAGCCUCUGGUUGCCGUUAUUGCGCUGGACAAGAACGGACAACAACUCGGACAGAGCGAUACCUUGUUUAUCGCUAACGGGUCCAUUGCUAGUGGUGGCGAGAUCGUCGAUUGA